AUGGGAGCAACGGAUAGUAAAUUGGCCUUUCGUAAAGGCGUAUUUAGGCUGUUUGAAGAGAGAAAUAUUGAUGUUUCUGAUGAAUAUUGGUCACAGUUUUGGGAUCUCCCAGAGUCUGCUGAAGAUGUAUUUUCACUUGUGGGUGCGCAAGACAUUCGACGCGCAAGAGAUCAAGCGAGGGAAAAUCUUGAGACACUAAUACAUAAGAUUACCGAUCGGAUUUUUCAUAUUUUGGGAGCACCUGAUUUUCCCUCCCCUCAAAAUUCUACAUUACAACUUCUCAAUUGUAUUAGACUCCUUACACGUGUUAUGCCAUUUAUUUUUGAAUCAGAAGAAUUAGAUGAUUGGGAGAAUGAAUUCUUCUGGACGCCAACAAAAAAUAUCAAGAAAACCAUUAAAUCAGAGACCACCAGUGAUAUCCAAAAUGCUUCAAAAGAGGUGAAUGAUGGAAUUCCCACUGAAAAUUCAGAAAGGGAUGCAACUCAGGAAUCCUCUACCCAAAAUCGGAAUAGUUCCGAGUCUCAUGAAACAAUACCGCCCCUUGGAGAACGCCUUUUGUCCGCGUUAAUCGACCUAUUAUUUUUGACAGGUUUUACAUUACCAAUAAAUCUCUCGAGUGAAUCUUCUCGCAUCGUUUAUGUUAAUUGGGAAACAGGUGUUGGAUCUACUAUACCGAUUGGAUCGUCAAAAGAGAAUGAUUCUAAUAAAACAGAAACAUUAAGGCUCCUUCUUGCACUUGUUUCAAAGUCAAUGUACAUGCCAGGAGCAACCUUCAUUUCAAAAGAAAAUAAAUGGAUUAAAUUCUUGGUUCUUAAAUUGGAACGAAAGGUUGUUCUAGCAUUACUUUGCAGUCUGCUUAACACUACUGUGAAAUACAAUCCUGCUGGGUGGGGAGUACCUUACAACCAUAUGGUUUUUACAGAUCCACGGGAGAUGCUCGUGACUCUCUGUUUACAGGUUUUGCUAGUCUUAUUAGACUACCGUUCCCCAUCAAAUAGAAUAGAUACUAUCUAUGCAGGUACUAAUGAUCCAGAAGAACAUAAUAGAUUGUCAUCUGCUGGGACAAUAGGAAACAAUGAAGAAUCUGCUUCGGCUACUUCACCGAAAAAUGAUUUAUCAGGAGAACCUGAUGCAACUCAAGAGGUGCAUAGUGAGGCUACAAAACCGAAUACUAAUCCUCAAACAUCACAUUUGCCUCCAAAUGUGGACAAUGCGUUUAGACAUUAUGCUUCAAAGUUACAUCGGUCUCAAGACUUUCAGUUUCUUAUGGAUGGGAUAUAUCGUAUUCUAAGUAAUCCGAUGCAGGCGAAUAACACAUAUUUACCGGGAUCUACUAAGCAAAUCCGAUGUCACCAGGAAAUGUUAAUGCUUUUAUGGAAACUUUUGGAGAUUAAUAAAUACUUAUUAGAAACUGAUAGAGUUCUGGACGUUUUAAUUGUCUUAUUGUAUUAUUCUAUGGAGAAUAAACAUGAUCAAGCGCAACUUGGAUUUGUACGUAUGUGUGCCUUUAUUCUGCAAACGCUAUCUGCAGAUCGUAACUUUGGCAUGAAGUUGAACAAGCAAUUUGAAGGCUAUGGAUCACUUCCUUCGAAUGUUCGAAUUUCUGCAUUUAAUGCUGGCACUUAUGCUGACUACAUGAUCAUUGUAAGUGAACUUACCUCAACAACACGUGGAACAUUACAUCCACUUUAUCCUGCAUUUGUACUGACAAUCACAAAUGUGUCUCCAUAUUUGAAGAACUUGUCUGUUACUUCGUCAGUAAAAUUAGUUCAACUUUUUUCAUCGUUCUCUUCACCAGGUUUUUUACUGGCUGAUGAAGGAAAUCAUCGAUUGGUGGGAUAUAUGUUGGAGGCUUUUAAUAAUAUUAUCCAAUAUCAAUUUUCUGACAACCCGCAUGUUGUAUAUGCAAUCGUUUGUAACCCAAAAAAGUUUGAAGAAUUAUUCGAUUUUACACUUUCGAAAGGUCUAGCUGAGGUUAAAAGACUGCAAUCUGCUAAAGAACAACGUAAAAAACAGAUACACAAUAUUUCCAUGAAUAAAUCUGAAUCAUCAUUAGAUAAAAAAAGUAUGCAUGAUGAAUCGGCUUCGCAAUCACAAACAGACUCAGAAAGUAUGACCAGUAAUAAAAAGGACGAGGAACAUGAUGUAGAAUUAGACGAAAAAACAGAACUGUUAAAUACAACUUCAGCAGAUGAACAUGAGGAAUCAACGCACUUGUCUGAAAAAGCUCGCGGUAAAUUGCCGGAGGGCGUCACAGCGUCAAGUAGGCAACGUAGUAGUAUGGACAGUACCCAAACCGAUGCUAAUAGUAAUAACAUUAUAACACCUUUUGCUGUUGGAAAGUCAGGGUUUAUCCCAACUGAAGACUGGGUAUCCGCUUGGCAUCCACAUUUACCAUUUGGAACAAUUCGAGUCCUUCUUCGUGAAUUAGUUCCGAAAGUUAAAUCCAUGUGUGCUUCACAAUCAAUAACUACUGAUCAGGGAGUACUAGAAUUUCUUCGAACUACUUCUUUAGUUGGAAUACUAUCACCUCCGCAAUCCCUUUUCAUUCGUAAAUUUCAAUGGUCAGAGGCAAGCGUAGUUUGGUUUGCGAGUGUGUUGUGGGCACAAGUGUAUUUAGCAUCGUCAAGCUAUCUAGGAAUAUUCAACGGAACAAAUGUGAAGUUGUUUUUGGUUAAGUCUUCUACGAAAGAAGGGGGGCAGAGACUUAAAAACGCGAUUGGAAGUGCCGUUAGUGAGGGUGUUCAAGGCGUUUUUGAUC